GUUGCGCAUCGCGUGAAUUUGAAUUCUUGUAUGAUACUUCAGCGUAUUCCGACUUCGAACCUCUUGACCGGUCGCGCUAUACCUAAUACGCCUGGCAUCCUUAGACGUAAUCUUCCCCGAAACUCGAAAUGGCUACCCUCCCCGACGCGACCAAGCCCGUGAACGCAACUGAACAUGUCCAGACCUCGCACCCGAACCCGUCGUUGCAGGUGACGGCCGACCACCAGAUCAAGAUGGUGGAAGCGCCUGUGCAGGAACCAGGCCCGGGAGAUGUGCUAUUACACAUCAAAGCGACCGGUGUGUGCGGGUCCGAUAUCCACUUCUGGAAAACAGGACGGAUAGGUUCGCUGGUAGUAGAAGGCGACUGCAUCCUCGGCCACGAAGCUGCAGGCGUGGUCCUAAAAUGCGGCGAGGGCGUAACCACGCUCAGAGUGGGUGACCGGGUCGCCGUUGAGCCCGGCGUGCCCUGCGAGAGGUGCUUCCUCUGCCGGGAGGGGCGGUACAAUCUCUGCGAUGACGUGAAGUUCGCGGGUGUGUACCCCUAUCAUGGGACUUUGCAACGGUACAAGGUGCAUCCUGCGAAGUGGCUUUACAAAAUCCCCGAAAACGUCAGCUUCGCCGAAGCCGCCCUCCUCGAACCCCUCAGUGUCGUCCUCCACGGCGUGAAAACAGGCGGUCUCAGUCUCGGCCGCCCCGCCUUAAUCUGUGGUGCCGGGCCCAUAGGCCUGAUUGCCCUGGCCGCCGCGCGGGCUUCUGGUGCCCAUCCCAUCGUCAUCACGGACCUCGAGCCGAAACGUCUAGCAUUUGCCAAGGACUUCGUGCCGGAAUGUGUUACGUACCAAGUUGAUCGACAGUUAUCGUCGGAGGAGAAUGCUCGGGAGGUGAGAAAGUUGUAUGGGGAGGGGGAAUACGAGGCGCCGCAGACGGUAUUGGAAUGUACGGGAGUUGAGAGUAGUGUAGUGUUGGCGGCCUUUGCGGUUAGGAGGGGUGGCGUGGUUUGUGUUAUUGGGGUCGGGAGGGAUAUUAUGAAUAACGUGCCGUUUAUGCACGUUUCGCUUGCUGAGAUCGACCUACGGUUCAUCAACCGUUAUCGUGAUACGUGGCCAGCAGGGAUAGCGUGCUUGAGUGGUGGGAUAUUGGAUUUGAAGAAGUUGGUCACGCAUGAGUUUCCGCUGGAGAAGGCGUUGGAUGCAUUAAAUGUGUGUUCGGAUUUGAGUAAUGGGAGUAUAAAGGUUCAGAUUGUAGAUGAUGUGGAUGCUCAAAUUUAGACAAUCUGAAUUCAAGAUAUGGUGCAAAUACCCCCAUUACCAGUUCCAAACAUACCUCGUAUUGUUG